GCUCACCGGGCCGGACGCGGAGGCGGGGCCAGCCGGCCAGCGGCGCGCCUGCGCGACUCAAACGCACCCGCCGAUUCCGGGGUCCAAGAUGGUGGCGGAGGGGAGGAGGAGCGCGAGGGGGAGGAGAGUGCGCCCAACUUCUGCGGGUGGACCCGGGAGGCAGCCCCGGCCGCAGCCGCACGUGCGGAGGCCCGAGGCCUUGUGUCUUCCCGGCACAGCGCGGAGGCAGCUGCGGCCCGAGAGACGAGGGAGGGGAGGAAACGAGGUCAGAAAGUCAUGUGGCCAGGGCAGGUGGGCCUGGUAGGCCGCUGUGAAGGGAGAGACCCUGGGGGCCCCGGGCAGGACGUCCCCUUGGAGUAGAGUCACUCUGGGCACUGCAGCAGCCCGGGUGGCAGAUGUGGGGUGGCCUAGGCCGGCUGGUGGGCCUGGGAGGAACGGCCAGAUCCGCACGUAGCGUAAAGCUGCAGCCUUCGGGAUUUGCUGAGCUGUGGGGAUGUGGGUGCGAGAUGCUGAAGGAAAGGAGAAGUGGGCAUCAAGGAGGAUGGUGCCCUAAGGCUUUGUAGGAAGAAGUUUUGGGGAAAGUUCCGGAGUUCGGGCUUGGCUGUGUGAGCACAGUGGGGACCUUCUACCCUACCACUGCACCACCCAGCCCAUCUCCAUAAUUAGUGCGACGCAGAGAACCUGAUGCCACCUCUCCGGAUUGUCCCAAGCCGUUUACUUUCCCAGCUGUAUUGUGGAUUGAAGCCUCCAGCCUCUAUACAAACCAAGAUUUGCCUAACAAUGGCUCGUCCAAGCUCAAGUAUGGCUGACUUCCGGAAGUGUUUUGCAAAAGCCAAGCACAUAGUCAUCAUUUCAGGGGCUGGCGUCAGUGCUGAGAGUGGGGUACCGACUUUCAGAGGAGCGGGAGGUUAUUGGAGAAGAUGGAAAGCUCAGGACCUGGCCACCCCUCAGGCCUUUGCCCGAAACCCAUCCCAGGUGUGGGAGUUCUACCACUACCGGCGGGAGGUGGUGCAGAGCAAGGAGCCCAACGCCGGUCAUCUGGCCAUCGCUGAGUGUGAGGCCCGGCUGGGCAGGCAGGGCCGACGGGUCACGGUCAUCACGCAGAACAUCGACGAGCUGCACCGCAAGGCUGGCACCAAGAACCUUCUGGAAAUCCAUGGUAGCUUAUUUAAAACUCGAUGUACCUCUUGUGGAGUUGUGGCUGAGAAUUACAAGAGUCCAAUUUGUCCAGCUUUAUCAGGAAAAGGGGCUCCAGAACCUGAAACUCAAGAUGCCAGAAUCCCAGUGGAGAAACUUCCCCGGUGUGAAGAGGCAGCAUGCGGGGGCCUGCUGCGACCUCAUGUGGUGUGGUUUGGAGAAAACCUGGACCCUGCCAUCCUGGAGGAGGCUGGCAGGGAGCUGGCCCUCUGUGACUUGUGUCUCGUGGUGGGAACUUCCUCGGUGGUCUACCCCGCUGCCAUGUUUGCCCCCGAGGUGUCUGCCCGGGGGGUACCAGUGGCCGAAUUUAACAUAGAAGCCACCCCUGCAGCGAACAGAUUCAGGUACCGGGAUCACCAAGGUUUCAUUUCCAGGGGCCAUGUGGGACGACGCUUCCUGAAGCCCUUGCGCCUCAUGAAACUGAAACUGUUUCUUAAUUGCCCUGAGGAAGGAAGAAAUCACAGUGCAUCUGUAAGUACCAGGCCACCAACAGGAGAAACAGUCUUGUGGAUGGUGAGCUGAAUACUGAAAGGUCUGAAUGUAUCUUCUGGAAUCCAAACUGCUGAUAAGUGAUGGGACUUAGAGGAAAUAGUAGUAAACGUGUUUAGAAGGAGAAGUCACAGAACUUCUCAAGUCAAUUCACGUUAUCUGGUUUGAACUAAACAUAAGAUACCUCUGAUGUGUUUGGUUGGUUACCGGGAGGGAAACAACUUUGUAAUUAGAUUGUCUAAAAAAAGUAAUUUUUUUUUUUUUGCUAUUUGGGUAGAGGGGUAAAACCCUGGUAUUUCUGAUUUUUGUGCAAGGUUUGGUGGAAAAUAAAAUCCCUUUCUACAGCAGGUAAUUGACUGUAUAAAGGUGUUACCCCAAGA